AUGGCACGUCAAGCUCUUGUUCUUGCUCUUCUCUUUGUCGCCAUUGCUGGGGCUUUUGCAAAAAGUUCACAUUCUGCCUCCCUAUCAUCUUCUCCUUCUGGAAAGAACUCUACCUCACCUGCUCCUUCUAAGGCUCCUGCAGAAUCUGCUACUUCCCCCGCUCAAUCCCCCUCUUCUUCUGAGGCACCCAAGUCCUCUGCUGAUGGUCCCGCUAGUUCUUCUGGCCCUUCUCCUUCCUCUUCUGACGAGGGUUCCGCCCCUGAGACUGCUGUCUCCUCUCCUCCUCCACCUUCCCUCAAUGGAUCCACAUCUGACGAUGCCACUGGCCCAGCUGCAGCUGAUGGCCCUGCUGAGGCUCCAGCUGACAGUGGCGCUGCCACUCUGAAGAUCUCGGCUGUUGCUGCAGCUGCUGGAUUGUUUUUAUUGUCAUUUUAA